AAGAAAUGACCUUUACCUGUCAUGCAAUCAACGACCAAAAUGCCUUAUAGCACUGCAGCAAUAGACACAUUCAGAACACAGCAACCUUAAGAAGCCAGGAGAAUAUCUCAGUCCUUCAGCAGCUACCCUUGUCUCUGUACUAUUGAUCCCGGUUGAUCAGAGAGACAUUGCAAAGGCACAGGAACCUGUACUUGUGCAGUAACAAGAGGAGCACACAGCCAGAGCUUACGCACUCGGCUCACAUUGCUGAGUCUGGAGGUUAUGAUAUAUGAUCUAGUGCCUGUUAAUGUUCUGAACAGGAGCCAUCUUUCCAGAGGGAUAGUUUAUUGACCCCUGUGCACGGCAACAAUAAAGAUAAGCCGGCAUACCGACACUGCAGAGAGCUCAGAGACAGGACAAGCAUGAACCCCGACUCCUCUGUUCUCAAUGGAACCGUGGAUAUUGUGAACGAAGGGCAUCUCAACGGGACCGCAGGGGACUCGAGUGGAACAGAAGAGGGUAAAUCCUUUAACAUGAUGCCAGAGGUGGAGAUGUGCCAGUCUGUUCUACCCUGCCACGCUAACCACAAGGGCGGGCUGAGCGCUGGGCAGCUCCUGAAGUGGAUCGACAUCAUUGCGUGCCUGGCAGCGGAGAAGCAUGCUGGGCUGCCCUGUGUUACCGCGUCAAUAGACGAUAUCCAGUUUGAAGAGACUGUGAGGGUUGGACAGAUUAUCAACAUCAAAGCUAAAGUGAACAGAGCUUUCAAUACGAGCAUGGAGGUGGGAAUACGAGUUGUGGUGCAAGACGUCCUUACCGGGGUUCUGAAGAGAGUCUGUGUGGCCUAUUCCACAUUCGUAGCCAAACCAGUUGGAACCCAAAAGAUCCGUUUGAAGCCAGUAGAUUGUCUCACUACUGCAGAAGAUCACCUGGAAUACGCGCUGGCGUCAGAGAGGAGGAGGCUGAGACUAUACAAUGAAGAUGCCUUUACCAAAUUAAUGCAAGACGGCCACCUGCUCAAAGGCGAGUGGUUUUAUUUAUUUAAGCCUACUACCUCCCAGAUAUCAACAGAGAGAACUCGAGUGCAGAGCAUUGAGCUCGUGCUGCCGCCGCAUGCCAAUCACCAUGGCAACACUUUUGGUGGGCAAAUUAUGGCCUGGAUGGAGAACGCAGCCACUGUUGCAGCAAGUCGACUUUAUGGUACUUACCCAACACUGAAGUCUGUUGACAUGUUUAAAUUCAGAGGACCCUCCAGCGUUGGAGACCGGCUGGUGUUCAAAGCCAUAGUCAACAACACAUUUCAGAAAAGUUUGGAGGUGGGAGUACGUGUUGAAGCCUAUGACUGUGAGGAGUGGACUCAAGGGAAGGCCCGGCACAUAAACAGUGCUUUUUUAAUUUAUAAUGCCUCCAGUGACAAGGCCCACACGCAGACAUUCCCCAGUGUUAAAUACACAUCAAAGGAUGGACAGAGACGAUACCUGGCAGCGAUUGUCCGAAAGCGGAUUCGACUGGCCAGAAAGCAUAUCCUCUCUUCCAAAGAGGAAGGGCCACUCUCUGUUCCCUGGGACAAGAGUAACCAGGUGUAUCUGAGCUACAACAAUGUAGCUGCCCUCACAGUUUUGGCAGGCAAGCAUGGAUGGGAAGUAAACAGCUCCCAGCCGAAGAUUCGUGUUUACAUGAAUGAAGAGCUGGACACGUUGUCAGUGCAGGUGGAGAUGCACGUGAGGGUGUCGUCCCUUCAGGCUUUCUUUCUGCUUUCGGACCUCAGUCUCAGACCCUCCUGGGACAGACACUACUCGAGCUGUGAAGAAGUGCAGGUGGUAAACGAGGAUGAUAAACUCUAUCACAUUACAUGUCCAGCAGUCAACAAAGACAAGCCCAGAGACUUUGUGGUGCUGAUGUCCAGAAGACAGCCGUGCAAAGAGGGGGAUUCCUAUAUCGUAGCACUGAGGUCUGUGACUGUGGCUUCUGUGCCUCCCGAUCCAGAUUACACGAGAAGUGAAGUCCUGUGCGCAGGGUUCCUGAUUAGCGAUGCCAGCAGCGCCACCUGUAAGGUAUCUUACUACAAUCAAGUGACAUCUGGAGUCUUGCCAUACAUCGCUGGAAACCUGGCGGGAUGGUCAAAAUCCAUGGAAGAAACCGCAUCGUCGUGUAUUGAGUUUUUGGAAAAUGUUACGGAUCAAAAGAUUUGUGCAUUUUGAUUACAGAUUUUUGUGAAAAUACUCAGCACAAAUUGUCCCCUACCGUAGAUCAAACUUGAAGUGUGUUUUUGUACCAUAUAUUACGUAUGUCUGUGGUAAUGUUUUCUUCAGUGUAUAAGCAGUUCUUAUAAUUCCCACCUGUGCAAGAACAUGUAUAUAAACCCCCCUCCUGCUCCCUGCUGUCAGGAAACAUCAAGGGCAGUUCCAUCUGAGAUGUUUUGGAAUGAAGCCCAAAUAACAACUUAUUUUAAUUACCAGUCAUGUUUUUAAUACUUAAUUAGCUGUUUAUAAGUAGCUUAGUAACAAGUUAUAAAUUCUGUUCAGAUUGCUUGUUAAUAGUCAGGUAAUACUGUAUACAGUUACUUGAUUUUCUGACGAAGUGCGGUGAGAAUGUACAGUAAUAAUUAAGAUGCUGGUACGUUAGUUGUUAACAGCCUGAAAUGAACACCUUUUUCAUUUAUCUUGCACACGUAUGCCAACCAGGAAGGAAAUGCUGAACGACCUGCUUCGCAAACAUCUCAUUAUCAUCAUUUUCAACUGACCGACCUGGCCCAAUGCAAGCAAAUGAAAACUGACAACACUUUACUCUUAUCAAAUGGCAAGCAAGCAUUAUUCCAGUUUUAUAUUUUUACGUUGAGCACAAUAUUCAGACCAACUUGAUAAUUGGACCCCUCUAUCAGUCUCUGGGUCUAUUCGGACCAGUUACCUGAUGAAACCAUUUUACUCAGUACCUUUAAUACAGGAAUUCCACAGCAUAUACACAGUGAAAACCGGUUAAUAGAAUCAACCGCAUAUUGUAAUUAAAAAGAAAAGUGCAUUCCUCUGCUGUUAAACCAACAAAACCUGUUCUGUUUGGUCAAAUGGAAGGCAUCCACACAUGACCACACCAAGAGGUUUUCACUGUAUAAUACGGCACAGCUUAGCUUGAGAAACCAUGUAAUAUAUAACCAAAAUGCACAUUGUCAGAGGGCACCAUAAAAUCUGUGUAAAAAGUGUACAUGUAUAAUCAUCUUCCAAACAUUAUGUAGAGCAGCAACACAUUGUAUGUUAAUUAGUUAUGUGGCUGCAUUGUAAAUAACAUUACAUUUGUUACAAAAACGUCGUGUCUGUGUGUCAGUUAUUAAGGACAUUAAUUGAGUCAUCAUACACGUUAUUUUGCUUUUUAUUUUUGGUGCAGGAGCUGAUGAAUUGCUCCCAUGCAUACAGAAGCCUAUGUGGGGCAAACUUUGGAUUUAGUGUACAUAGACCUUCAAAAUGGAUCAUGAAAGCAAGAUUUGAAAAUAAAAUCUUUAUUGUAUUUACUGGUGAGAAUGUAUGCAAGAUUCAACUGUACCUGUUUAUAUUGCACAAUCAACAUGCUUGAAAAAUCAGCGUACCAUGUUGCUGGCAGACCAGCGUUAUGGCUCAGAGCUGUGCUCAGUAUGUGGUUUUAGAAAAGAACGUGACAUGCAUCACCCCAUUACUCUUCUGCUGUUGCAAGAUUUGUUUAAUGUGUACAGUUUAAUACGGAGCAUUAUCCUAAACAAAUAUGAAAAUGAACUGCCGAUUUUCACAAUAUAAUGAAUGGAUUAAAGUGAAGUCAGUUACACAUUAUUAUGCAGAUGAUGCUUCACGUUUUUUAAAUGGUUGAUAGUUUACAGCAUGUUGGUUGUAUUAAAAGGGUCAUUUCUAGAGGUUUGACGUGUUUGGGGCUGCAGACUGUCCUUAAAAUUGAAGCUGCCUCGCUUACAUUAUAUCAAUAGGUGCAAAUCAGGACUAAAAGCAUAAAGCAAGGUUUUACUUUUUGAGGUGAACAGUUUUAACUGCACUCUUCUGAUUAUGAUAAAUUCAAGCUUCACACGUUGAAUGGCCAAGACAUACCUUUGGUUAAAUACUGAUAGUUCCAGUUCUCUAGCUUAUUUGAAGCAUCUAAAGAAAA